AUGGUUGAGAUAUCAGUUCCCUUUCCAAUGAGGUUGGCGAGGAAGAAGCCGGAGGAGGAACUCAUCAAUUUCGUGAAGAUAUUCGGCAAGCUUGAGGUGAGUCUUUCGUUCAUUCAAGCACUGAAAAUUCCUCCAUUUGGAAAAUUUGUGAAGGACUUCAUUGCUGGUAAGUCCAAGGUAAAUGGAAAAAUUCUGAUGGGUGAGAACGUCUCAGUAGCAAUCAAGCAGGAAUUACCACCCAAAUCCAAAUAUUCGGGUAUGUUUUCUCUCCCCAUUUACAUAGGAGAUACUAGGAUCGAGCAUGCUAUGUGUGACCUAGAAGCCUCUAUCAAUGUUAUGCCUCUCACUGUUUAUAAUAGGUUGUCGGGUGUAGAAUUGGUAGAUACUAGAGUGGUCAUUCAGUUAGCUGAUAGGUCAUGCGUGUAUCCCGAGGGUUUGCUCGAGAAUGUUCUUGUGAGUGUGAGGAUGAGUGGAGUGCAAUCCAAGGGUUCAUCGAGAGUCCUUUUAGGUCGUCUGUUCCUAAGGACUGCGAUGUCAAUCAUAGAUGUUAGUAAUGGCACAAUUUGUCUAGAUUAUCAUGGGGAGAAAUAUACUUUUAGUAUGGAUGAUGCCAUGAAAACUCCUAAUGAUGCUGAAAAUGCUUAUUCUAUUGAUGUGAUUGACCCUCUCAUCCAAGAAUUUCUUGAGACCGAAUUCAUGCAGGAUAAGUUGGAGCUCACCAUGAUCAAAAGCUGGACAGAAUUUGAUGCUCAAGGGAUGAACAAUGCAGAGAUCAAAGAGGCCAUCAUGUCUAUUUAUACACAGCCGGAAGUGGUCAGUUCAGGAAGCCAGUUCUGUUUGCCCAAACAGACAUCGUAUGACAGACCGUUGAGAUCCGAUGAGAAGCCGCCGGAGUUAGAACUUAAGCCUAUUCCUGUGAAUCUGAAGUAUGUCUAUCUUGGGGAUACUGAUACUCUUCCAGUCAUCAUUAGCAGCGAAUUGACCGCAAGCUAG